CGGCGGCGGCGUCUCCUCGGCCCGUGUCCGGAGCCGGGUGGGCUCCGAGCGGUGGCCGCUGACGGACGGACGUCCGGGCGGGCGGGUUUCAGUUCACAUCAAGGGAGUGUGUGUCCCGUCCCACCCACCCCAGGGGACAGCAUCUGCCUGUAGAGGGAGUCAUGCAGCCGCCGCCCCAGGCAGUCCCACCCAGCGUGACUGGCCCUCCUCCGACGGGGACCCCUCGCGGGCUGCUCUGGGCCAGCAGCCCCUACAGGAAGCGGACUGCUGGUCCGGCCCCGACAGCCCCGCUCCCCGGGCCCCUGCAGCCUGUGACGGAUCCGUUUGCCUUCAGCAGACAGACAGUACAAGGCCCCCUGCCUGGCAGCGCCCCCAAGAACAGCCUACCUACUUUCCAGGGCCCAGUGCCCUCAGGGCUCUCCCAGUGCCCGGGCUUGCCUGUGCCCCCCGCCAGCACUGGAGACGGCUCCCAGGGACCCUGUGAACCUGCGCUGGGGCCUGCUUCGCAGCCCAGAGCCAAUGCUGGUCAGCUUGCUAGUGGAUCGCCCGCCAUGGCGUUGCCGGGGCCUCUGAUGGACAGGGCUGCCGAUGUCGGCCCCAGCCCGCAGCCAGAGAGUCGGUCCCCACCGCAUCCACCUCACUACAUUCCAGCCGUAACUGCUGACAAGGUUUCCAGUGGCCAGCCACCUGCCAGCCUGCCUCGGCCUGACCACGAGCUGCGUGCCAGCGUGCCGAUACCUGCAGCGGCCCCCUUCCCUCAGCCUCGCCAGCAGGUGCCAGAACAGUGGGGCCCACCGCCCCCAAGCCAGCGGCAUUCCACCUACUCCGAAGGCUCAUUUCAGAACUCGGCACCCCAGAUCCCCCCUGCAUCCCACCAGCACCCGGGGCCUGGUUUCGACCAGCAGAUCCCAGCACCCGCGGCGGGAGAUGGAGGGGGCGAGGUUGCCUUCCUGCUGAGCCGCCAUCACAUGGCCAGCCCCUUUCCUCCUGGACAGGCAUUCGGGCAGAACUGCAGGACGGCGAGCGCAUGGGCCAGCCCGGAGUUGCGGCCACAUCCAGGGAUGAGCAGGGAGGACAAUAGCCCCGAAGGCCAUUUGCAGCCCGCUGCGGGCUCUGUGGCCAGCUGGACCCUGCCGGAGGCCGAUUCUGGGGCGCACUUGAGGUUUUUCCAGAGGGGAGAGAGAGAGAACGAGGAGACUCUCUCAGCUGAGCCUGCGGCUCCUGCCGGGCCCUCAGACUGCGGUGGUCUGGCCUCCAGCCCAGGCCUGGGCCAUCUGCCCCUGCCUGCCCACGGGGGCGUGGGGGGCACGUACCAAGCUGAGGCCACGCCACCGUCAUGGGGAGAGACACAGCCAUACCUCCUUCAGCCCGGAGGCGUCCAGCGCAGCGCGGAGGUGGAGGGUGCUGGCGGUGUGUGGGGCAACUCUCGGAUUGCCGAGGGGUCUGGAGCUGGGGGCGCCCGGUACGAAAACGAUGAGAACCCAGAGUUUGCUCAGAACCAGGAGGUCCUGCCUCAUGAGCCCCUGGGCCCAGAACCCUAUGUGGGCGACCAGUUCUACGGAUCCCUUCCUGGGUACACUGCCCCCAGGCCCAGUGCUGCGGACCUUGCUGGAGGAGGGGGCACGAAUCUUGAGGCCCCUGACGCCUUCUCCCCCGCUGUGUGCCCUGACGGCGUGCCUGGUGGCUUCUGUGCGCAGGGCCCCGGGAGGCUGUCCGGUUCAGCCAGGCCGCAGGAGCCGGUUGGCACCUUCAUUCAGCAGGAGGUCGGGAAGCCCGAGGAUGACCGGCCGGGGAGUUUCUUUAAGCAAAUUGAUUCCUCUCCUGUCGGGGGAGAGGUGGAAGAGCAGGGUCCAGGGAGCCGCGGCUACGCCCAUAGCCGGCCCCAGCCCUCGACUCCCAGCCCCCCAAAACCUGUGGGCGUGUUCCAGACGAGCGCUAACAGCUCUUUUGAGCCAGUCAAGUCCCACCUAAGACCAGUUGAGGCAGAUCGUACCAGCAUGGUGGGUGAAAUGAGAGAGUCCCAAAGCUGUCUGCAGUGCGCGCUGCCCGACGCCUCCCCUGGGAACCUGGAACAGCCGCCAGACAACAUGGAGACGCCCUGUCCGCCUCUAGGCACCCCUGUGGAAGCCGGGCAUGGGUACCCGCACCCAGGGGCUGAGAAGAGGCCCGCGGCCAGGGUGCAGGGCACUGUGAAGUGUGAGAGCCCAGUGACCACACUGUGGGCCCAGAGUGAGCUGCCGGACUUCAGUGGCAGCGUCCUACUGGCGCCCGCCGCCCCCGCCGUGAACGUGCCCGCGCGGCCUCAGCCACCUAUGGUCGUGCAGCCUCCAGAAGAGGGGCCACAGCCGAGCCGUGACAGCCUGGGCGCCUCGGGGAACCUGGAGAACCCUCCCGAGCUGGGGGCCGACGAGGAGCUUGUGCGGGCAGGCUCUGCCUAUGCCAGCCUGCUGUCUUGGCUGCCCACAGAGUCCCUGCAGAAUCAGCCUGUCUUGAUUGCCCAGCCUGAUCAGAGCUACGACUUGGCUCAGCCCCUCAAUUUUUCUGUGUCCUUGUCAGGCCCCCGUGACAAGAGCCCGGGCUGGGGGGACGCCGCGGCAGGAGAGGCACCAGUGCCUGGCGGGGACUCCGGGGACGGUGCAUCUGGGCGCGGGGUCCCAACUGGCUCUGCCACCAGCCCGGCUCAGGGUUCCCAAGGCCCUGCUGCUCCUGAGGUGCCCCCAAGCCAGCCCACUGCUUCGCUGGUUCAGCUGCCAUCCCACCCGGCGCCCAGGAACGUGGCCCCAGAAAGCCACAAGAGUCGCCGUGCAGGCAGUGUCUCUUCCGAGCCCGGCGGGGCAGGCGGCACCGAUGCCACCUUCGCUCCAAGCUCAGGCGGCACCUUGGGGCCCGAUGACAGGAAGGCAAGUCGCUGCCAGCGCCUGGAGGGGCAGAGGCCUGGGCUUCCCGCUCGGUGGGGCUGCCGAGUAGACAGGCCACCCAGUGCAGAGAGCCUAGUUGCUCGGCACCUGCGGGCCAGUUGGCCCGGCCAGUUUGGGCCUGGGGUGUGUGACCUGACUGUUUGCAUCGAUAGGUGGUGACAGCAGCCUGGCUUAGAAGGAGCCCAGCAAGCCCCGGCCUCCUCCCAGCAACAGACCUCUGCGCCACAUGUACCCGCAGCAGCGUUCUCGGAGGGUCUGCCUGCCCAGGGACGGUCCCGGCAGGUGCCACCGGCCAGUCCCGCCCCGGCUGACGCGGGCCCACAGUUCCCACCACGGCCACCUCCGUCUUCCAGUGCCUCGGCACUGCCUGCUGGCUCAAACCAGGCGGCCAUGCGGGCAGAGCAGCCGUGGCUGCACCCCAGUGCGUUCGGCCUGCCGCCUCAGGCUCUGGCGCCCUACUACUAUUACAGGCCCUUGUACGAGGCCUACCCGCCCCCAUACGCCUCCCCCUACGUGGCAGACCCUGGCUCUGCUGCCCUCUAUUACCAGGACAUGUAUGGGUACGAACCUCGAUACAGGCCCUACGACAGCACAGCGUCUGCGUACGCCGAGGCCUACCACUACGCGGAGCCCGAGAGACCCAGCUCGCGAGCAAGUCACUGCUCGGACCGGCCUGCUGUCAGAAGAGGUCUGCCGCCGGGCUACCUGGAUGCCAAGAGCGGCUGGAGCAGCCAGAGUGACUACUACGGACAGUACUACUCGGGCCAGUAUGGCUACGGAGACCGCUGGGAGCGCUACCACUACAGUUCCAGGUUCCGGGACGGCCAGGCCAGCGAGCGGAGGUACUGGCACGACAGUGAGUACGAGCCGUACGGGAAGGAGAGCUCAGCUUACGGCGACAGGUCUGAGAAGUGUGAUGACUACUGGAGGUACGACCCCCGCAUCACAGGCAGCUUUGACGACGACCCUGAGCCCCCCCGAGAUCCCUACGGGGAGGACGCGGACCGGCGCAGCGUGCACAGCGAGCACUCGGCCCGGAGCCUGCGCAGCGUGCGGAGCCUGCAGAGCGGACGCAGCAGCCUCAGUGCCCACUCGCACCAGAGUCAGGUUUACAGGAAUCACAUGGUCUCGGCCGAUGCCUACGAGGCUCCGGCGCCGGGCUCCUUUCAUGGUGAUUACUCGUACGGCGCCUACAGCGGCAACGUCAGCAGCGGCCACGGCUUCGCAGACUACGGUCACCCCGCGGACCCCAGCUGGGCCGCUGGGGAGCAAGUUCUGUCUAGAUCCACGACGCCGGAGAAGUUCUCGGCGCCUCAUCUCUGCGCCAGGUUUGGUCCCGGCGGUCAGCUCCUUCGAGUGGUCCCGAACAUGCCCGCGGACGGGCAGCCGGCGCUGGUGGAGAUCCACAGCGUGGAGACCCUGCUACAGCACACGGCCGAGCAGGAGGAGCUGCGUCUGUUCCCAGGCCCUCUCGGCAAAGAUGAUACCCAUAAAGUGGAUGUCAUUAAUUUUGCGCAGAACAAAGCUACAAAGUGUUUGCAGAAUGAAAAUUUAGUUGACAAAGAAUCUGCAGCUCUCCUGUGGGAUUUCGUCACCCUGCUGUGCAGACAGAACGGGACCGUGGUGGGAACGGACACUGCAGAGCUUCUGUUGCGAGACCACGGGACCGUGUGGCUUCCUGGGAAGUCGCCCAAUGAGGCAAACCUGAUUGACUUCACGAAUGAGGCCGUGGAGCAGGCGGAGGAGGAGCCCGGGGAGGCCCAGCUCUUGUUCCUCGCCGACACGCACACGGCCGCCGCCAGCGCGCGCGACAAGGAGACGGAGCGCUUCCGAGAGCUGCUGCUGUACGGCCGCAAGAAGGAAGCGUUAGAGUCUGCAAUGAAAAAUGGCCUGUGGGGGCACGCACUGUUGCUUGCGAGUAAGAUGGACAGCCGGACACACGCUCGUGUCAUGACCAGGUUUGCCAACAGCCUGCCCAUCAACGACCCUCUGCAGACCAUCUACCAGCUCAUGUCUGGGCGCAUGCCUGCCGCAUCCACGUGCUGUGGAGAUGAGAAAUGGGGAGACUGGAGACCCCAUCUGGCUAUGGUUUUGUCCAACUUGAACAACAACAUGGAUGUCGAGUCCAGGACGAUGGUGACAAUGGGUGACACUCUAGCCUCCAAGGGCUUGCUGGACGCCGCGCACUUCUGCUACCUCAUGGCCCAGGUGGGAUUCGGGGCAUAUACGAAGAAAACGGCCAAGUUGGUCCUGAUCGGAUCCAGUCACAGUUUGCCGUUUUUCAAGUUUGCCACCAACGAAGCCAUUCAGAGGACCGAAGCCUACGAGUAUGCCCAGUCUCUGGGCGCCCACGCCUGCGCCAUGCCCAGCUUCCAGGUGUUCAAGUUCAUCUACUCUUGCCGCCUGGCGGAGAUGGGACUCGCCACCCAGGCCUUGCAGUACUGCGAGGUGAUUGCCAGGACCAUCCUGCUGCAGCCGCACUGGUACUCCCUGGUGCUGGUCAGCCAGCUGGCUCAGGUGGCCUCCCAGUUACGGUUCUUCGACCCUCAGCUGAAGGAGAAGCCGGAGGAGGAGCUGUUUGUGGAGCCUCUGUGGCUGGCCCAGCUGCGACAGGUGGAGGGACAGAUGAAGGAGGGCACAUUACUGUGGAGCCGUCAGAGGGCUGGCCCUCAGCCGUGUCCCAGCACGCCAGGCUCUGAGGAAGAGCCGUCCGAGAGCCCGGGGCUCAACAACCCCUUGCUAGCACCACCGCCAGUGCCAAGCGCCGAGCCCCCAGGCCAUGGGGUGCGGCUGCUGCCUUCAGCUCCCCAGGUGCUCCCUGACGGCCCGCUGCCCAACCCUGCCAGGGUGCCCAUGUUCUCGGUGCUGCCAGCCCCCGGGCUGCUGGAGCCAGGCCCCGGCUAUGGAUCUCCGGGCUCUGUGCUUGGCUUCCCUGAGCCCCCCAGGCCUGAACCCACAGCUCCGUGCCCAGGACCUGGCGUGUCAGGCACCUCAACACUGCAGGAGCCCCGGAAGCAGGACCCAGGGGAUCUGCCGCUGCAGGGCUCACCUGCUGGAGACGCGCUGCCCGAGCGCCCCGAGGAGGAGUUCAGGGAGAACAUCCCAGGCCUGAGCUCCCCAAGAUCAGUGCCAGAUGGAGAGACCCCUGGGAGCUGGGACCGUGCCGACGUGGCCUCCACGCAGCCGCCUACUCCUGUGCCCAUGGUCAAGAAGGCCAAAGAGGAAAAGAAGAGUGAGUCAUGGUUCUCACGCUGGCUACCUGGGAAGAGAAGGGUGGAAGCCUACCUGCCAGAUGACAAGCACAAGUCUAUUGUUUGGGAUGAAAAGAAAAACCAGUGGGUGAAUCUAAACGAGCCGGAAGAGGAGAAGAAGGCCCCACCCCCGCCGCCUAUGGCCUUCCCCAGGGCCCCGCCGGCGGCCCCCGCAGCCUCUGUGAACGUGUUUUCUAGAAAAGCAGGUGGAACCCGAGCCCGCUAUGUGGACAUCCUCAACCCUGGCGGGGCGCAGCGGCGAGAACCAGCUCCGGCUCCGGCCGACUUCUUCGCCCCGCUUGCUCCACUCCCGAUUCCUGCUAACCUGUUUGUACCAAACCCAGAUGCGGAAGAAGCACAGCCCGUGGACGGGGCUGGCAGGGAGGGCCAGGCACCAGCCGGGCACCUGGGCAACCUAGAGCCUGCUCUGGCACCCAAGGCGCCUGCAGACGGCCCUGGAGGGCCUGUGCGCUUGUACAGCCCUGCACGGUUGGCUCCGGCGCCUGCCACCUCUGGGAGCGCGAGGCUGGGGAGGAUCGGCCAGAAGAGAUACGCCCCUUUGGACUAGCCUCGUCCACGCUGGUGCCACGAU